AUGCAACAAUUUUUCUGUUUGGACAGUCUGCUUUUGAAUUCAGGGGGGUGGGCUGUGCACACUCCAUCGUUUACCGUUUCGCCCGAAGAUGCGUUUGCUGUCCGGGGGAGCGGGGUUGGGUCGCCGGUUUCGCCUUUGAGUCCUGAGGUUUUACAAUCUCAAUCUCAAGAGCAAACUCCGUCUAAAUCUGAAUCUCGCGAACAUAUACACUACACCCUCGAAAUCGCACCCGCGACUCCCGCCUCGGAACUCGAACCCCGCGCUGCAGCUAUGUAUACGCAUUGGUAUUUUGAUCAUCGGGCGGCGAAUCACUAUGUUGAGAAACAUGUGAGUAUGAGUGAUGCGUCUGCGUUUACGAUGAUGAGUGGGGGGUUGGAGAGGAGGAGGAGGGGGGUGAAGAAAAGUGUUAGGAGGGUGAAGACGUGGAUUCGGGAGAAGGCGGAGAAGAAGGAGAGGGAGAGGAUGAAGAGGAGAAGGGAGAAGAAAGGGGAGUUGGUGGUCAAGGAGAGGGUUUUGGGGAGUGAGGAGGAGGGGGGUGAGGGGAAGGGGUUGAGAGGGAGGUUGGGAGCGGUGGUGAAGAGGGGGAAGGAUGGUUUGAGAAAGUUAGUGUCCAGGGGGAAGAAGGAGAAGGAAGAGAAGGAGGAGUGGAGAGUUUUGAAUAGGAUUACGGGGUUUCAGACGAUUGAGUAA